GCAGGAGCUAUGCUCUGUUAAGAGCGAAAAGAUGGACAGUCCGGGAAAUACCUCAUGUGUUGCGCUGCCAUCCCAUGUACGAGUAGGUUUGGUGGCGGGCUGAUGUCCCCCAGCCUUGAUCCUUGCCGCCAUGAAGGCUUAUUUUCCCAUCAACCCAACAACCAAAAGCCUGAAUUGCAUGAAGAUGCUUUCCCGUCCCUCAAAAGGGCGACAACGCCUGACUGGAGGGGUCUCACUCCUCCCAGAAGACACCACAUCGAGCUGCAGUAAGCUUGUUGGGCCGAAACAUCGGAGACAAGGUCAUUUAUGAUCGGAUCACAAGCCAGCUGGCGCACCUCUAUACUUCAAUACCGGACAAACAACAGGAGUAUCAUAGAGGCCUUGUCUCAUGCGUGCCAUAACGCUCUUCGCGGGUCUACUCUCCCAGCUACAGAAGCGAGAUACAUAUGAUGAUGGACAGUACACUCAAGUCGUCCAAGCCACGAGCUGGAGCUACUCUCCGUCCUACUACACCUCGUAUCUCUCGACGGAGAUCAUCACCAUUACGUCGUACAUCCCCUGCCCCGUCCUCACCAGCUACACCACAAUCUACAAGUGCUCGACCUGCGGCGCGUGCGACAGCUGCAGCCCCACGGCGCAGACCACGUGCGAGCCGAAACUGUGCGCCACGUACAUCUACGACGUGGUCGAAGCAACCACCACGCCCUACGUUCCGGGCGAGUACGCCAUGGCCUAUGUGACGAGCUACAGCGGCGCGCAGGCCGUGACGACGAGCAUCCCCGCGUCCUGGUGCACGGCGUACGAGCAACUCGACUUCACCGGCAUCGACUGCCAGACCCUGCCCGCCUGCGGCGGCGGGAGCUCGGGCGGGCUCACAUGCGAAGCGAAGCCGUGCACCACGUGCAUCGACGAGGACGGCGACGGGGACUACGAGACCCUCACCGAGGGCACGCAGUACUUCUUCACCGAGUUCGCCCGACUCACCGUGAACGGCCAGGUCACGUCCACGCCCGCCAGCCUGUGCGGGGUGCUGACCAUCCCGACGCCGUGGUACGUCCAGCCGACGCUCGCCUGUGGCUAUGACGACGGCAAUGCCGACAACAACGACGACAACAGCGACGACCAAGGCGGCCAGGUUAUCACCUACACUUACACGACCAACGGUGCCACCAUUGUCGUCGCCACCAGCCUGCCCUCGCACGGCGGCGCAUUCCAUCUCACCGGCAGCGGCGGUGGAGCCCGGGUCGGUGGGGAGCUGGGAAGAAACGUGCUCUUCUGGAUGUGGGUUGCCGGCGCGCUCGUCGCGGGCGUGGGGAUGAUUGUUCUUUGAGAAACGAAAUCCCCCGAUAUCGACAUGUGACAAUUAUAUGAUCAAAAAAGGGGGUGGAACAAGACGGAACUAGAGACGUAUUUGUGCCUUUCUUCUCUAUGGCAUAACGCAUUGGAAAUGACUACGACAGUGGAGUAUGACUAUAAGGAGAGUCGGGCGUGGAACCUCUGAAUAUCAUAACAAUGAUUUGACGCCAGGGCAAACAGCGGGUCGGGGGAAACUCUGUACAUUGGAAUGGAAUGGACAUGCCGGUGGAUGUCUCACUUUACUAUUAUACCAGGGAGGACGGUUCUCGAGGGAAGCACAUGGUUGCAUAUAGCAUCAGCAUUCAGGUCAGGCCAUGGGCAAUGGAAUGGACCGGUACAAAUGGACGACGGAUGGGCAGGACGGACUAAAUGAUUACAUGCAAACCACAGUGAGCAAAUGGGCAAAUGGGGGGUAGUCUGGCUUGAAUCUUGUUGGCAAAAUAUUGAAAUUCAA